AUGGGGCUGGAGGACGAGCAAAGGAUGCUGACUGGGUCUGGAGAUCCCAAGGAGAAGGAAGAGGAGGAGGAGGAAUUAGUGGAUCCCCUAACAACAGUGAGAGAGCAAUGCGAGCAGCUGGAGAAAUGUGUAAAGGCUUGGGAGCGGCUAGAGCUCUGUGAUGAACAUGUAUCCUCCAGGUCAGUGACAGAGGAGGAUUGCACAGAGGAGAUCUUUGACUUCUUGCAUGCAAGGGACCACUGUGUGGCCCACAAACUCUUUAACAGCUUGAAAUAUGUGUGCCGAUUCAUUCACCCCAGCCUUCAUCACCUGAGCGUCGGGAUAUUUCCUUAUGGUUUUGAACAUGCCAUUUGUUUCUUAUUUGUAUAACUAAGUUCAUGUGAACCUCAAGGAUUUUGGCUUAGGCAGGUAGCUUCCAUGUAAUUAUCAGUGAUUCCAUCUUAAUAAAGUCCAGUGGU